CUUCAAAACGCCUGCUUUCCAUGACCACUUGACUUCUUCUUCCAUUUCCCUGCUGGGUUCUUCCUUUCUGAUGGUUUCAGUUUUGCAUUGGGAGUGACAGAAAGACGAGAAAGAUGGGAUUCUUCGGCACCGUAUUGGGUAUUGUUGGGUUCGGCAUUGGAUUGGCAAUUGGACUUGCGGUGGGGUUCUUUCUCUUUGUUUACUCCAAGCCUAAGGCUGUUAAGGAUGCGGUGGUUAGGCCACUUGCGGAGUUGGAUUCUGAGGCCUUGCAGAACAUUCUACCUGAGCUUCCUUUAUGGGUGAAAUGUCCUGACUAUGAACGAGUGGACUGGUUGAACAAGUUUCUCUUGGACAUGUGGCCUUACCUUGAUAAGGCCAUUUGUUCUAUAAUUAGAACCACUGCACAACCUAUCUUCAAGGAGUAUAUUGGGAAGUAUGGCAUUGAAGCCAUUGAGUUUGAGCAUCUGACACUUGGAACUCUUCCUCCCACACUUCAUGGUGAGAUUAUUAAUUUGACUACUACCUAUCAAAAUGAUUUAGUCCUGGAACCAGCAGUUAGGUGGGCUGGCAAUCCCAACAUAACUUUGGUGUUGAAAUUGAAGUCUUUAGCCGUUACUGUUCAGUUGCUUGAUCUGCAAGUGUUUGCAGCACCAAGGAUAUCAUUGAAGCCUCUGGUACCUACAUUCCCAUGUUUUGCAAACAUUGUGGUUUCCUUGAUGGAAAGACCUCAUGUAGACUUUGGGCUGAGGAUUCUUGGAGGGGAUGUCAUGUCCAUACCCGGUCUUUAUAGAUUUGUUCAGGAAACCAUAAAAAAGCAGGUGGCAAGCAUGUACCUUUGGCCCCAGACGCUUGAAAUCCCCGUCCUUGAUCCUUCAACAGUGGUUGUGAAGAAGCCAGUAGGGCUGCUGCAUGUGAAGGUCGUGCGGGCGAUGAAACUGAUGAAGGCUGAUAUCAUAGGAACCUCCGAUCCCUAUGUGAAGCUCAGUUUGAGUGGAGAGGAUCUACCUGCAGUUAAAAAGACCUCAAUCAAGAAGCACAAUCUGAAUCCAGUAUGGAAUGAGAACUUCAGGCUUAUUGUUAAGGACCCCGGUUCUCAACUUCUUCAACUUCACGUGUAUGAUUGGGAUAAGGUUGGUGGCCAUGACACAUUGGGGAUGCAAGUUGUACCCUUGAAAACACUCACCCCACAAGAGACAAAGCAACUAACUCUGGACUUGCUCAAGAGCACCGACGCAUCUGAUCCUCGCGACAAGAAGCAACGAGGCAGAAUCAUGGUGGAGCUGACCCUCGUGCCUUUCAAGGAAGACAGUUCCAUCUCAGGCCGCUUGGAUCAAAUAAAUGGCAGCAGGAAAGGAAGUGGGAAAGGAAGCGAGCUUGUGGACAACGAUGACGAUCCAUUCAAUGGAUCAGGUUUGCUUUCAGUGACAGUACAAUCAGCAGAGGAUGUAGAUGGAGAGAGCCAUAACAACCCUUACGCUACCCUGCUCUUCAGGGGAGAAAGAAAAAGAACCAAGAUGAUCAGGAAAACCCGCGAUCCACGUUGGAACGAGGAGUUCCAGUUCAUGAUCGACCAGCCUCCUCUGCGAGAGAAGAUCCGGAUCGAGGUUUUGAGCAAAAGGACAGGUUUCAGCUUCAGAUCAAGGGAAUCACUUGGAUAUGUGGAAGUGAAUCUGGAUGAUGUUGUGUACAAUGGAAGGAUCAACGAGAAGUACCAUCUGAUCAAUUCUAAGAAUGGGGUGGUUCAUGUUGAGAUACAGUGGGAUAGAGUGUGAUGUGGGAAGUGGUGGCUGCACAGAAAUUCUAUACAGGUUUUGUUUGUUUCAUACAUGGAGACCUCCAGAUUGUCACAGCACAAGAGAAAUAUAGCAAAUGAAAGAAAC